UCAUAACAAAGUACAGAAGGUGAAAACUGUUAAAAAACUAAAGGACGUACGUGAGAAGCAGUGGCCCAAUCUAUGUCUUGCCAUCGACAAUUGUUUGAAUUUGUGGUUGGAAAAGUAACCAAACACCAUUUUCUUUGGAACAACCUUUCGAUAAGAAUGUCUUCAAAUCAAUCAUCCAAGGUUAUCGCUAUUGGGCAGAUGUGUGCCACAAACAACAAAGCUGACAAUAUGCGGCAAGUUGAAGAAUUAUUUGCAAAAGCAAAAAUGCAGUGUGCAACAUUCUUAUUCUUGCCGGAAUGCUGCGACUUCGUCGGGGAGCAUCGUAAGCAAACACUGGAGUUGUCAGAACCUUUGGACGGUGCUACUAUGAAUAAAUAUAAAGAGUUGGCUAAAACUCAUAGAAUGUGGUUAUCCUUGGGUGGUAUACAUGAAUCCAUACUCGAUGAAAAUAAAUGUAAAACGGAAAAAAUAUACAACACGCAUGUGUUGCUUAACGAUAUUGGUGAGGUGGUAAGCUUUUAUCGCAAACUGCAUCUCUUUGAUGUUGAAACAGAGGAAAUGCGUUUUCGGGAAUCUGAUGUCGUUAAUCCAGGCACGCAUAUGGUCCCCCCUGUAAACACACCCAUCGGCUUGUUGGGAAUGCAAAUAUGUUACGAUUUACGUUUUGGUGAGGCUAGUUCUCUUUUACGAAAGUCUGGAGCGCAAGUACUUACAUAUCCCUCAGCAUUCGCCUACUCAACAGGCAAAGCACAUUGGGAAAUUCUUUUACGCGCACGAGCUAUUGAAAACCAAUGUUAUGUCAUCGCUGCCGCUCAAAUUGGUGCACACAACUCUAAACGCACCAGUUGGGGCCACGGUUUAAUAGUAGAUCCUUGGGGCAAAGUGCUGGCCAAUUGCGAAAAUGAAAACUUGGCUGUAGCAACGGCGGAAAUUGAUCUGAACAAAAAUGCUUCUGUUCGAAGAAAUAUGCCAGUACUUCACCAUAAGCGCAAUGAUGUGUACUCAUUAACAGCCUUUGGCAUGGGAAUUAUAGAUAUUACUCAGGAUUGGAAAUUUGCCAAAAAUACCAUACGAAAAGAAACCAUUUUCUACGAAACAGAACACUGCUUCGCAUUUACUAAUUUGCGUUGUGUAGUGAAGGGUCAUGUUUUGGUUUCCACAAAGCGAGAGAUGAAACGCCUAGACAAUUUGUUGUGCCACGAAAUGUGUGAUCUGUUUUGUACGGUUUGUAAAAUACAGCGUAUGCUAGAAGAUUUCUAUGGAACAACCUCAGCAACAGUAACAGUUCAAGAUGGACCGGAUGCCGGUCAAACAGUGCCGCAUGUGCAUUUCCACAUAAUGCCUCGACGACCAGGCGAUUUCAGUGAAAAUGAUCAUAUUUACACACGUAUGGACGAUCGAUGCUUGGACCAGCCAGACCGUUCGAUAGAGGAUCGUAUAGCAGAGGCACAGAAGUACCGUGAUUUUAUAAAAAGACAAUACUGAUGUAUAUUAGGAAUUGAAGUUAUAUACUACAAGUGUGCUGUAGAUAUUUUUGCAAUUGAUUUGUUGUAUAUAUGUAUAUGGUUUUAAAUAUUAUAUAAUGUUGGAAUUUUGAA